AUGGAAGUUAUUGAUAAAUCGUGGAUUAAGAGACCACGGAAUUCUCUUGAGUAUGCACAAGGUGUUUCAAGAUUUAUUGAGUUUGCUUUUGCGCAUCAUUCUGCCGACGGAACAAUCAUAUGUCCAUGUAGUGCAUGUGCUUUUAAGAAGUGGCUAACAAGGGACGAGGUGUAUGAUCAUUCGAUUUGUACACAAUUCCCAAUAGGAUGUACAUUUUGGUUUUAUCACGGAGAGCGCUCGAUAGGAGAAACUAGCAACGUCUCAAGUAGUAGUUUUUCGGAUGUAGUACAAAAUCCUUUAGCCAAUGAGCAGCAUCCAAUGGUCGAGGUUGAUUCAAUUCGAAACUUGAUCAGUGAAGGACUAGGAGUUGGUGGGAACAACCGACAAGGAACACCCAUAAUAGUAAAUGAAGUUAGUGAUGGUGGUGGUGAAAGACCGAUGCCUAGUGAAACUCCUGAAACACUUGAAGCGAAAGGGUUUAGCGAGCUGCUUAAGGAUGGAGAAGAACCAUUAUACGAAGGGUGUACAAGAUACUCGAAGUUAUCUUUUCUAUUGAAAUUGUUCCAUAUCAAAUCCCUCUGUGGUAUGACCGACAAGUCUGUGAAGAUGAUUUUAGAACUAUUGAGUAACGCAUUCGAAUAUGCGAGGACUCCAAGCUCUUUUUAUAAGGCAAAAAAGAUCAUUUCUAAACUCAGUUUGGAUUGCACGAAGAUACAUGCUUGCCCAAACAAUUGUAUAUUGUAUUGGGGUGAAGAUGAGAACAUGGAGACAUGUAAGACUGCUGCUGAUAUGCGAUGGCAUGCUACAGCUGAGAAUAAGGAUAACACAAUGAGACAUCCAAGAGACUCUGAGGCCUGGAAGAGGUUUGAUUUGGAGCACUCCAACUUUGCAAUCGAUCCACAAAAUGUGCAUCUUGCAUUAGCUACCGAUGGCUUCAAUCCACAUGGAACUUUGAGUGCAAAUCAUAGUAUUUGGCCUGUCAUUCUCAUUCCGUAUAAUACUCCUCCAUGGACGUGUAUGAAAUCGACAUCAUUCAUAAUUUCAAUUAUCAUUCCUGGCAAGAAAAUACCAGAAAAUAACAUAGAUGUUUAUUUGCAACCUCUAAUAAAAGAGUUAAAGGAGUUAUGGGUUGAGGGUUGCGAUGCAUAUGAUGCUUUAACACAAGAAGUGUUUAAAUUGCACGCAGCUUUAUUGUGGACAAUUAGUGACUUUCCUGGGUUAGGGACUCUUUCUGGGUGGAAUACAUACAUAAGACUUACUUGCCCAUCUUGCAACUUCGAUAACAUCCCUCAUCGUCUUAAUCACAGCAAAAAGUAUUGUUUUAUGGGUCAUCGUCGCUUUCUGGAUCAGAGACACAAGUUCAAAUCAAACACCGUUCAAUUUAAUGGAAGACAAGAAACGAGGCAUCCACCAAGAACAUUAUCUGGCAGUGAAAUCCUUUUACAAGUUGAGAAUAUUAAUGUCACAUUUGGCCGAAGAGAAGAAAUAGGAAGAAGUGGUAAAAGAUUACGCACUGGUGGACCUAUUGAAGGAGGUGGUACUCAACAAUGGAAAAAGAAGAGCAUUUUUUUGAGUUGCCAUAUUGGAAGUCUAAUUUGCUGCGUCACAAUCUCGAUAUGA